AUGUCGGAUAAUUUAGCGUUUCAAUUCAAAAUGCAAACAAAACAAUUGGAACGUGAAGGCAUCAAACAUGAUAAAGCUGAACGUACUGAAAAAGGAAAAAUAAAAACAGAAUUAGCUAAAGGAAAUAUGGAAGCAGCUAAAAUACAUGCUGAAAACGCUAUUCGACAUCAUUCAGAAUCACUUAAUUGUAAACGUUUAGCGGCACGAGUUGAUUCGAUUCAGUCACGAGUUCAAGCAGCUUCAGCAAAUCAAAAAUUAGCUAUGGGAUUGAAAAAGACUGUUGCAACUAUGGCACGAGUGACAAAAAAUAUGGAUCUAAAAACGACAGCAGAAACGAUGGAAGCAUUAGAAAGAGAAUUUGAGGAUUUAGAUGUCAAGACAAAAGUAAUGGAUGAUUCAAUGCAAUCGACAACAACCACGUUGACACCAGCUGAUAAAGUAGCAAGUUUAUUACAAGAAAUAGCGGAUGAAGCUGGUCUUGAAUUAAACAUGAAUAUACCAACGACAUCACAACUUGGAACAUCAACGGCUUUCACCGAACAAGAUGAGCUUACAAAACGUUUGGCCGCACUUCGUCAAACAUCGUCUUGGUACUUUAUUAUCGUGGGAGACAAAGAACCAUUAAUUAUAUGUACAUCGGCUAACAAUGGUAUGUUAUUACCACACAAAUAUGAAUCAAUAUUAGUGGAUGAGUAUGCAAUACAAAAAUUACAAGCACACAAAUAUUUGGAAUUAGGUAGAAAACACUCUUAUGGUACAUCGGAUAGUGAUGGGAAAUAUUCAUCUUCAAAUGACAGCUCAAUGGAUGGUAGAAUGUUUCGAUUUGACUCUCGUCGUUCAUCUGUUUCAUUGUCUAAUCUGUAUUCACCUCCUUAUGCUCAAAUUCAACUUCGAUACUAUUAUGAUUUAGAAAAGAAUGUAUUCAACGUUCAUAUUUCUAAUUGCGAUCAUUUUCCCUAUCAUCCGGCAUUCGGUGAACAAGGUGAUUAUUUCAUAAAAAUUCAAUUAUUAACAAAUAAAUUAUUAAAAAAAUUCAAAGAUGCUUAUAAGAAACAUUGUCUAAGUCUUCAAUGGUCAACAAAACAUUCACAACAACAAGAGCAAGUAACGAAACAUUUGUCACGCAUAGCAAAUGGGGUAAUUAUCUGUAAUGAGCACUUACAAUUCAACUUCGAGUCAACAAAGACAAAUAGUACUACUAUGGCAAAUACAGUUGUUGCUUCGUCUAUGAGAAUUCUACUGUAUUGUUGUGAUCGAUAUGGAAUUCAAGAUUUAAUGUUUGAACAAUGGAUCCAUUUACAAAAUCUCAAUGUUAAAUCAUUUUGCAAACCUAAUGAACAAGUACAACAAAUAGAAUUCAAACAAUUUCCGAAAAUCUCGUAUGGUGAAAUCUAUUUGGCGCUUAGUUAUUUACCAACAGCUGAGCGACUGACAAUUACUUUAUUAAAACUAAGAUGGUUUUGUAAAGUAGAACAAAAUAGUAGAGCUGAUGUUACAUUGACCUGUACAUUUUUCCAUCAUGGACGACGAUUUUAUCAAGAAAAAUUUGAGUCCGUUGAGAUAUCUGAUGAUGUCAAAGAGAAAGAACGAGAAAUAAAUGAUAUCAUAACCAGUUCAAUUCCAAAAGAUGAUAUAAAAAAUGUCAAUUUAUAUAUUGAUUUUAGUGUUAGUGCUCUUUCGAAAGAAUCUAUUAGUUGUGCAUCAAUUGUUCUUGGGGAAAAAACGCGAUUCGAAUCAGAUUGGUCGCGAAUGAUUGAUCAACCAAGACAAUUACACAAUGCAUGGUAUCCAUUAUAUGGUUAA